UUAAAAUAUGUACAGUUUAAAAUUCCAAAAUAAAACACAUAAUUAUCUUAAAACAUAUAUUCAAUUAAGUGGUUGUGAUUAUUACUAGUAAAAUGAAUUCUGGGGAACUAAGGACUCCGGAGGAUGCCAGGAAAAUAAUAAAAACUGCAAAACUACAAGAAUCUGAAUUAACAGAAAUUAGUCAGAUAUUAAGAUUUCCGGGCCCGGCUGAAGUUAACGACAACCUGAAGCUUAUGUUGCUGGACGCAAAUUUGUUGACUGAAAUUGAAUCUGGAAAUGAGUUACUGUUUAAGGGUAAUCCGGAUGACAAUGUAGUAUUAUGCACUAGUAAUAAAACAUACGAUGUAAAAGAGGCCGAAACAUCUAACAGUCUUCUCUUAGUUCCUGAUUUGUUAUUCGGCGCGGCUACUUCACUAGAUGAAACUAUAAGAAAUAAUUCUAUUGAAUGUGAUUCCGAUUCAUCCUUUGACAAAUCCAAUGCUAGUUUAAACAAUACUACAGAAUCAGACGACACCACUAUAAGUUCAAGAAUUAUAGAACAUAAAGACAUUAUCAGUACAUUCUUCACGUAUUAUGAGGUGAAGCCCUGCAAACCACGGUUAUCGAAGCUACGGAAACUUCUAGAACCAACAACAUUUCAAGGAUUAGAGCUUGAAUACGCUGUAGAUAAGUCUAAAUUGUUAAACUAUGAAGCUAUAUUUGAUCAAAUACAAGCGUCUAGAGCCGAAUUAAAUGUGGAACUGGAGAAAAUACAGGCAAUACAAAUAGAUGGUUAUUACCGUUUGUUAGAUUUUGAUUAUGAGUUUAGAGUUCUAUCGUAUAUGUUAGAUUUGAUUGAUGAGAACUCGUGGGCUUUGGAUAAAAUUUCUAAAGACAUCACUUUAGAGAGCUUGAAAGAUCUCGUGCCUAGAUCAAUAUUAGAAGCGAUGUUUCGUUUUUACACACUUGAAACUAGUAUAGAAGAUGGAGCACAAUGUUACAAAUAUAAAGAAGAUAAAGUGUGCAGUUUUUUAGCUAGAGUGUUAUUGAAGAGCGCUGGUAAAUUCAAUUUAGUGGAGUUCCUGCAGGCGUGGAGUGAUUCAGUACCGGAGGGAAUGAUUACUAAUGAAUCUCUACUUUCUGGUAUAGCAUUAAUAGAUAAAACAAGUACACCCCAAGUUAUAUGGGGGUUUGCCGAGAGCGACCUACCGGAAGAUAUAAAUGAAAGAUUCAAAAUUCUCUUCCAAACAAAAGCAAAAUGGACGGUGGAUCAAAUAUCACCAUAUAUAGAAUGUUACGCGACAGAGAAAAUGAACGUGAAUGCAUUGUUAACUAAAUAUGCAAGAGCAUCCACUCAGGAUGGUGUGAGGGUAUUUUCAGCGAAGCAUAUGAACUAAGUAUUUUUCAACACACUUGCUCGUAAAUUGAAUCUAAUUUCAACGCUUUUUGAUAUAUAAAUCAGCUCAUAAAACAUA